AUGUAAUAGAAUUAGAAAAUUUCAGGGAUUAUUGAUGCACCUAUUAUUAACUUUCCAGAUAGAAAAUUUGAAACAAUAAAAGAGCUUGGAUAAGGAACAUAAGGAAUUGUGUAUUUAGCCAAAUCAAUUAAUUGGGGUAUAAAUGAUAUUAGAUAAUUUGCAUUGAAGUGUUAAUACUUCACAAAGCAAGAAGAAUUAGAAUUUAUUGAUAAUCUAAUUAUCUAUUAGAAGAAAUUUGAAAAUCCAUUAAUGUAGUAAUAAAAUUAAUAACCCUCUGGAUUAAUUAAAAUUUUUGACAGAUUUUUAUGGAAUAAACAAGUUAUCUUAGUCAUGGAAAUAGGAGAACUUAAUUUAUAUGAAUAUAUAAAUUAAUAAAGCUCAUUAAAAUUUGAAGACAAACUUAAGAUUCUAAUCCAAGUAUAUUUAUAUAUAUAUCUAUUAAAUAGAUAUCAUCAUCUAUACAAUUUAUUCAUAAAUAGAAAUUAUUACAUCGAGACAUUAAACCUGAAAACUUUAUAAAAAUUGGAGAUGAAUUUAAACUUAUUGAUUAUGGUUUAAUAAAAUCAGAUUAAAAUAAAUUCAAAACAAAAUUUGUUGGUACUAUCCUCUUUUUAGCACCUGAAAUAGUUGAAAAUAGAUCUGAUUAUUCAUUGCCAGCUGAUAUUUGGGCACUUGGUUGUGUAUUUUAUGAAGUUUUAACAAAAUAAUCUUUAUUAAAUGGUAUUUUAUUUUAUAAUAUAUUUAGUGUAAAACUAAGAAUAAGUAAAAUAGAUGAUUUUAGGUUUUAAAUAAAAUAAAGAUACUCUUUACAAUAAAAUAAAUUAAUUACAAGAAAAUGAAAUGAUUAAGUAGUUACUUAAAUAAAUGCUUGAACCAAAUGAUUAACAAAGAAUUUAAAUUUAGGAAGUUGUUGACAUUUUGAAGCAAAUGGCAUAGAAUUAAUCAAAUUUUCCUUAAUAAAAUGUUAAAUAAUUCUAAUAACCAUUUUAAUAAACAGUGAAUCCUCAAAUAUUUUAAUAGUAAAAAAUAAAUCCUCCCUUAUUUAAUCAAAUUCCUUCAUAACCACCACAAAAUUUGUAAGAAACAUUAUCUUAGAAAAUGAUAUAAUCAAUCGAAUAAAAAUUAACAGAAAUUAUGAGCACCAAUCUUAUACAAUAAGAAAACAAUGAAAAAUAAGUUAACAUUAUUUAACAAUAAAUGAAUAAAAUGUAAUUUACAAUUGAAAAUUAAAUACCAUCUUAAGAUUUAAUUAGAGAAAAUUCUAGUUUAAUAAAAGAGUAAUUUGCUCAAAUAUAAUAAUUAUUAUAGGAAAAGAUUGAAAGCUAACAAAAUUAGAUCUAUAAACACAUAGAAUAAAUUUCAAAGUAACAUUAAGAAACUGAAUAUCUGUAAAUUAAAAUUAAAGAGUUGAAUGAAAUUAUUUAAAGCUAAUAGUAAGAGUUGGAUAAAGUAAAUUAAAAAGAAUAACAACUUAAAACUUAAUUGGAGAGUAAAUAAAUAUUAGAUUUGAAAAAUUAAGAAUUAGAAAGAAUAGUUUAAAAGAAUUGUUAGUAGAUAAAUAACUUAGAACUUGAUCUCAGAAAUAAAUAAAAUAAAAAUAUAGAUUUAGAAGGUACUAUAAAAUAAUAAUAAUAAUAUAUAUAUUAAAUUUAAGAGAAGGGAAAUGAAUAAUAAGAGAGACUAAAAUAAUCAUACAUCAAUUUAUAGAAUCAAGAAAUUUAAAUUAAAAAAUAUUAGACUUAAGUGAAAUAGUUUGAAAUGGACCUUAAAAGUUAUUAAGAUAAAAAUACAGCAUUAGAUGAAACAAUAAAAGAAUUGGAUUCUUAAUUAUUAUCAAAGAAUAGAUAAAUCUAAGAUAAAAAGAAAAUGCAUGAAUAAAUUGUUCUAGAAUAUACAAAUAAACUUGAUGAAUAAGAAAACAUAAAUUAAAAAUAAUGUUUAUAGAUAAAUGAAUUAAAAAAUCAAAUUAAUAUGCUUUAAGUAACAUUGAAUAAUUAAAUUUCAAAAUAAUAAAAAGAAAUUUAAGAAAAAAAUAGUUUUUUUGAAAAAUAAACUUAAGAAUUCUAGAAGGAAAUUAAAACUAAUCUAGAAAAAUAGAUUAAUUAAGAAAAAGUGUUAAAACUAUAAAUCAAUUAAUAAGAAGAAGAUAUUUAAAAUCUGAAAGAUAAGUUAGAGUAAUAAAAAUAGAAAUAUGAAGAGGAAUAUUUCAAAUGUAAAACUGAAUUAGAAUAAAAUAAAAAUUAGAUCGAAAGAUAAAAAUAAGAAAUCCGUGAAUAAUGCAAAAUAAUUAAGAUAUUAGAAGAAAAAUUACAAAAAAUUGAGUUGCCAAAUAUUAUUAAAACAUAAGAACCUAAUUUGCAAAACUAACCCAAUUAAAUUAGACAAAGAAAUGAAACUAAUAAUAAUACUAAGACUAAUCUUGUAGCUUGCAAUUCAAAAGCUAAUUUUUCAACCUAAUAAAUUGGAAGUAGAGAUUAAUAAUUAACUGUUACCAAAAUUUCUUAUCUUCAUCAAAAUAGUUAAAAUUAGAAUUCAACAAGAAAUAAUAAAUAAUGA